GAUAAUUAAGAAAGGGAGAAACUAGAAAAUAAACAAACGGGAAGGAAAAGAAAGGACAAGAAAAUAAUUCAGUAACUACUCUCGCCCUCGCCGUUCGUUUGGCAAUCCAGUCAUUAGAGCUCUGCAACUCUUUGCGUACGCAUUGGCCUCUAACGUGGGGAUUCUUCUCUUAACAUUCCAAGGGUUUUCAGUAAAAAGGAAGAAGCCAUGGUUGUUGCUUAUCAACAGAACUGUUGCAUUUCGUCUCUCAUUCGCUCAUCACCACGUCCUCUUUUACUUUUUCCUAGGGUUUCAAGUUUAGUCAUCAAGAAUCCAAGGCGUUCAUCUGCAUUUCAAUCAGUUGCUCGCAGAAGCCACUGCUUAGCUUGCGGUGCCGAUACCUUAGUUGCUGGUUCGCUUAAAGAAGACGGGAAGUCUCAUGGAAUUGCCAGCAAGAAAGAAGAGAAAGUUGAAGAUCUGAAAUCUUGGAUGCACGAGAAAGGGCUUCCCCCUUGCAAGGUUGUUCUCAAAGAAAGGCCUUCGCAUGAUGGGAAGCAUAGUGCGAUACACUACGUUGCAGCCAGUGAGGAACUUCAGGCAGGAGAUAUUGCAUUUGCCGUCCCGAAUUCGUUGGUUGUAACCCUCGAUAGAGUUCUUGGGAACGAGACAGUCGCGGAAUUAUUGACAACAAAUAAGCUCUCUGAACUGGCCUGCUUGGCAUUGUAUCUAAUGUAUGAAAAGAAGCAGGGAAAGCAUUCUUUCUGGUACCCAUUCAUUAGGGAGCUUGACCGUCAACGAGGGAGGGGCCAGCUAGCUGUAGAAUCUCCUCUUCUAUGGUCAGAAACUGAAUUGGCUUAUCUUAAUGGGAGCCCUACUAAGUCUGAAGUCCUUGAACGGGAUGAGGGGAUCAAGAGAGAGUAUAAUGAGCUUGACACGGUCUGGUUUAUGGCGGGGUCACUGUUUCAGCAAUAUCCAUAUGACAUACCAACUGAGGCCUUCCCAUUUGAGAUUUUCAAGCAAGCUUUUGUCGCAGUUCAGUCAUGUGUGGUGCAUUUGCAGAAAGUGAGUUUGGCAAGACGAUUUGCAUUAGUUCCUUUAGGUCCACCUCUUCUUGCAUACAAAAGCAAUUGCAAGGCGAUGCUGACACCUGUAGAAAGUGCUGUUCAAUUGGUAGUUGACCGUCCAUAUAAAGCUGGAGAACCAAUUGUUGUCUGGUGUGGUCCACAGCCUAAUUCAAGAUUGCUUCUAAACUAUGGUUUUGUUGAUGAAGAUAAUCCUUAUGACCGUAUAGUGGUUGAGGCCUCCCUGAACACCGAGGAUGCUCAGUAUCAAGCCAAGAGAUUAGUUGCUCAAAGGAAUGGAAAACUAACUGUACAAGUUUUUCAUGUUUAUGUAGGAAAAGAAAAAGAAGCUGUGUCAGAUAUGCUUCCUUAUCUGCGAUUAGGCUAUGUUUCUGAUCCAUCUGAGAUGCAGUCAGUUCUUUCUUCGCAAGGCCCCAUAUGUCCUGUGAGUCCAUGUAUGGAGCGAGCAGUUUUGGAUCAACUUUCUGGUUAUUUUACGGAUCGGCUUGCUAGCUACCCUACUACCUUGGAUGAAGAUGACGCUUUAUUGGCAGAUUGUAAUCUAGAUGGAAGGAAACGAGUUGCUACCCAGCUUGUCAGGUUGGAGAAGAAAAUCCUAAAUACUUGUCUUCAGGCUACAACUGAUCUAAUGGAUCAGUUACCAGAUCUCACUGUAUCUCCCUGCCCUGCUCCAUAUGCUCCUCUUCUAAAAUAAAUGGAAUUUUCAAUAAGGAGGUCUACUGAAAUAAGUGGUAGCCUGUGUUGCAUAUAACCCUGCAAAGCCAAUACACUUUGCAAAAGGAUGAAUUGUUUGUUGUAUCAAUUCUGUGGUGAGUUCGAAUGUAAGCAAGGGAGCCAGAUGUGAAAUACUUCUUACAGGUAGGUUUAAGAAGCUGGGCACAACUACACCAUUGAAUAAAACCCAAGCAAAUGAUUACAGUUCUUGACCAGGCUGUUUGCUGGCUAUGGUAGCGUAUGCCACUCUGUGGUUACUAACUAUAACUUGGUGAGGAAUGUGAAGGGCAAUUGUGCCUCUGGAGUUUUUUAAUUUUGGGCCCUGAAGCGUUUCUGUCUUCUUCACAUUGUAUAGAAGAAAACGGUAGUCUUUUGUCAUUGGCAUCACAUCUGUAGGAAAUUGUCUUGAAAAUCUAUUUCAGUUCAACCUCAUUUAUGUCAA